AAGAAUCUGAUCAAUAUAUUGUUUAUAUAUUAUUUUAUAUAAGACCCUAGUUAUCUUGCCGAAUUUGAAAAAUAAUUUUCACAAAAUAGCUACAGCGGCUAGCGAUCAUCUUCAUCACCAUGUCUCCAGUUUCAUGGGUGAAAAAGAAGCUUGGUCGGCGUAAACUUAAAAAAUCUAGAUCUGUGCCGGUGCCGCUACUUCUUCCGCGAAUCAAUACUCAUCUCCAGCCUUCUGAUGAUAUAUUAUCUGUGCCUCUGGUUGAUGGUCGUGAUCAAGAACUCGAUCGUAUAGCAGCUUCAGAUCUACGAUGUGCUUAUUGGCAAAAGUCAGAGGAUAUUGUUUCAGAUGAUAAUGAGUUGGAGUCCAUAGUGCUGCAUCUAAUGGAGAAGAAGGUGACGGUAACUCGUAAAUCAUCAGGCCUCAAAAGAAAAGGGUCUUCAAGAAGAUCAGCAACAUCAGCAGUGCCUGCUUUAUGCAGAAAACUAUCUCGGAGAGCGUCUAGGGUCGCAUGGUUGUCUUCCCUUACUUGUAUGGGCAUUUACAGUGGACCAACAUUAUCACAAGCUAAAUAUGCUUACUAAUAAGUAUCUACUAUUAUAUAUAGUAUAUAAUUAUAUAUGUGUUUACAUGGAUAUCGGAUAUCUAAAAGUCGAUUAUGUUUAUUUUAAUUAAUUCAUAAGUUACGUAGUUAUAAUUGUAUAUUUUGACAUUAUAUAUGUGUCUUGUAAUAUAUAUGUAAUAAAUAAAAUGUAUCAUGGUCAUAUAUAUGAUCAUAAAUAAUCGAUCGUUGUUUAAUAUUACGUAAUAAAAUAAAGAAC